AUUCAUCGCCAUUUUAUGGUGAAGUUUCAGAUUGUUGAUAGAAGGCUUUAGAAAUCCAUCAUCAUCCUUCUUCCUCCGUGCUUGGGAUUUAUCAAACCCAGCCAUGAGUGGAAUUCCUUAUAUUGGCAGUAAAAUUAGCCUAAUAUCAAAGGCUGAGAUUCGAUAUGAAGGCACUUUGUACACGAUAGAUUCGGCGGAGUCGACUGUUACUCUGCAAAAUGUAAGGUCACAUGGUACUGAAGAUCGCCUUGAGUCCUGUCCUAUUCCUCCCCGGGAUGAAGUGUAUGAGUAUAUCAUCUUUAGAGGAGGUGAUAUCAAGGACAUUCAUGUGUGUGAACCACCCAAACCUCCACCAGUCGAUCCAGCAAUCAUUGAGACCUCUCAAGUGAAGCCCAAGCCACAACCAUGUGAUCACGGGCAACCCCAAGUUGCAAGUGGUUAUGGCCAGUACACGCCGUUUGGUAAUUCGCCCAUGAACCUUGGUGGUUACAGUCAGUUUGGUCGGCCUGGUGCUGCUCCUGGUAGUCAGCUGCCUCCUCCUGGUCAGCAGCAAAUACCGCAGCCCCAGCCUCACCUACCACCACAUAGCCAUCCUCACGGACACGGACAUGGUCAUUUCCAGCAUGGAGUGCAGCAGCCUCAACCUCCUGUCCAGCCGCCUCCAGGCCAAGGGUGGACACAUCAGCAUCAGCACCCACAAGAUGUACAUGUACACUUACAGCAUGGAUCUCGUGGUUCAACGCCCACACAAGGUCGCAAAUCGCCUAAUGACGACUCGGGUCACAUGGCAGAUAACAUCGAGCAUGAACAACAUCACCAAAUCCACCAGCAUCAUCCUCAUCAGCAACGGCCCCUACGUAACAACCAUGAUGAGCAUCAUCAUGAACAUCAUGACCGAGACAUGGAGAGGGACGAUCGCCAAGCUCAGAGACAGCGUGGUGGUGGAUAUCAUCGUCCUAGAGGGCGUGGAGGUCAGCGAGGCGGUCCAGGUCAUCCUGGAGAGCAGCGCCACCAGGGGGAGCAGAGGCAUCCGGGGGAUCGUCAACCGGGAGACCGAGAUCGUCAUCCUCAUCCUGCUCAAAUAAAUCGAGGACGUGGUCGGCGACCACCGCCAGGUCUUGACAGAAGACAGAAAGAACCUUUGAAGUUUGAGACCGAGUUUGACUUUGAAGAAUCGAAUGCCAAAUUUGACAAGGAAGAGUUAGAGAAGGAGCUGAAGAAGCUGACUCUGAACGACAAGGUGGUGAACGGUGAUAACAAAGAGACAAAUAGUCAGGUCUCCGAAGACGAGGAAGAGGAAGAGCCUGUCUGCUAUAACAAGACAAAGUCGUUCUUCGACAGCAUCAGCUGUGAGGCCACGGAGAGAGCAAAGGGUGUUCAUACACGACCAAACUGGAGAGAAGAACGGAAAAUUAAUUCUGAAACGUUUGGCGUGAACAGCACAAAGGAAUUCAAUCGUCAUCGAUUCAGCCGUGGUGGGCGUGGCCGAGGUGGUUAUCAACAAGGUUACAGGGGGCGUGGACGAGGAAGAGGCUAUGGAGGUGGUCGGCCCCAGGGUGGUCGUGGUGGCAGACGGGACUAUGGUUAUGGUUACAAUAAUCAACAAUACAGACAGAACAGCGGUGAAUCUCAGCAGAAACGGCAGCCAAGAGAAAGAGUGGAAGGCAACGAACGCCAGGAUGUUCCCCCGCAAUAGUCGUAACGCUGAAUGAUGCAAUGUAAUUGUUAAUCCAGUUUUGUGAGAGGUGCUGCGAGUUUCAAAAUGUAGAUAGCAGCUCUCAGAACUUUGUGUUAGAUGACCAAGGUGUUAGAGUCUGCUCUUUGAGGUUUUAGGGAGCUCCCUGACCAUUGCAAUGCUAUGCUAGAGUUGAUGCAUCUGUAUAUAGGAAACUAGCUGUGAUCAGUUGAGAAUGAGGCCUUGGAUGCAGGAAAGACAAGUUUUGUUGUGGGAAAUUGUGUUCGGAUAAAAUUUGGUUCUCAAAUUGACUAAUAGUGUCUUGUUUGAUGUAAAGUUCUUUUUAAUGCAUUAUAAUUUACUUUGAGUAAUGCGUUGAGAAUGCUGAAGAUCGCUUGCAAAAAUAUUGAAAAGUACGGAGUAAAUUAUUUGGUCAAAAAUAUUGAAAAACAGAACUGUCUGCAAAUUGUAACUGAUAGCCCUCAUAGAGGGUUUGCAGCUGUGGACAUGUAAAGCUUGAUCCACACUGGGUCAUUUAUCACAGCAUGAAGUGUGGCUAUUCGAUUGUCUUGAACAAACUCCAUUCACUUGACUUCUAGAAUAAUGGUCGAACAGUAUUGAGCAUGUUGUUUUCUUGCAUUCUGUUUUCUUGGCCGAUUCGUAAAUUCACAAGAUUUGGAGACGAAGGAGGUGGAUGUUUGGUCGCCUGAAGAUUUCCUAGUAAGAGCGACACAUUUACCUGUUGUGAACCUUGAUAUUUACAUGUAGUUGUAUUACGUGGGUAUGAGACUCUUACAGAGAGUGUGACCCAUAAUGAAGUGGACAUGGCACUGCCUGAAUAAGUAAUUUAGUAAGAGCAGCAACGUUCGCCAUUGUAAGUUCAGACAGAGUUGUUGAAAUUAUUUCAUGCAUUUAAACUAGAACCUUCCAUUGAUGGCUUAUGAUCUGGUCACCAUCAAGACUACUUCUGCAAAUACCUCUACUAAUUAUCAAAGCUUAGAGCAUAUGAACACUUGAGGGCCACAAGGAAGCUCCUGCAACUUGUUGGAGACUUGCGUAGAUCUUCCCCAACUGUAACUGUAAACCUAUCAUUGUAUAAUUUUUCUGUUAUUUAUGAAAUGGACCUCUUGUGCAAAAGUCGCCAGUCCUUCUUCAGUUGUCGACUUCAGUCCUGUUUCACCAGUCUGUUCUCAAAGAUUUCUGCAACUCUGGUUGGUCUUGAAUAUAUAUUUAUUGCCAAAGGCUCACUUAACAGGGAUUUGAGGUUUCGAGUUGAAAGAUUUUUUCCAUUUUCAUUCAGUCUCUUUCAUAUCAUCUAGACUUGUGAGAAAACCCCCCAAUCUUUCCUCCGAAAACUGGGGGUAUUCUUUAAACUUGUAAAUUGUGACUCACUCACUUGUUGAAGUCAUAUGGCAGCUAAUAUUCAAUGAAUUUGUUACAUUUCUUUAGCAUUUGUGUUAAAAAAUUCAUCCCAGCUUUAUUUACAUUGACAAAGGCUAACCAAAAAGUCAUCGGGAGUCAGUGGAAUCUCCUAUGAAAUGGGGUGUGUUUAUAUCAUUAAAAAUAUCCUUGGUUCUCGGAAGGACUGAUGUAUAAUCGCAAGAAGUAUUGGUUAAGUCGAUAUUUAAUUUAUUUGAACAGGGACUGCUUUAGGAGGCAUUUUCCAAUUUUCUUGCACUUAUUUCAGUUUGAUAUAUUCUCCCUGCCUCAUACACAUAUGUAGUUGUCCAAGAAUUCUUUUCAUGUUGUAGUGAAUAUGACUACUAAAACUAGACACGCAGCAAAGGUUUGGUCAUCUUGUAGAUGAAAGAGUUAUGCUUCUGGUCCAGCUGAUUUAAAUGACACCAUGAGGAAUAGUCACAAUGUUCAGACCCUGCAGAACUUGUGAUUGAAACAUACAAACGAAAAUUGCUUGGCGGCCCAAUUUGUGGUCACCACCAUUGAUAACCUUUCUUGCACAACGGUUGUUUUGGUCAUCAAAUGACCUGGCGAAACCUUUGCUCUGUUGUUUACUUGACCAGAGGUUGACUAUUCAAAGGAGGUAACAAUACGGAGCUUUGUACUUGGGUUGUCAAGGACGUUGAUACUCUUUUCAAAAAACAAUGAAAUAAAUAUAC